AUGUUCGACUUCCAACGGGUUGAUGGGUUCAUCCAACGGGUUCAACGUCCAACGGGUUUGGGUCCAGCGUGUUCAACUCCCAACGGGUUAAUGCGCUCCUGGGACGGGUUCGACGUCCAACGGGUUCGACGUCCAACGGGUUCGACGUCCAACGGGUUCGACGUCCAACGGGUUUGA